GCUAUUUCUGGAUUCUCAAGUCAACACCUUACUAUUAUAUAAAGCCCCAAUUUACCUUCAUAAAUCAUAGAAGGCCAGAAAGAUAAAGAGUAGAACAACCCAAGUUAAUUUCUGUAGUUUCUUUCUUCAGUUUUCUUUGUUCUGGUCUGGAAACUCUGGACUCGAGAUGGUAGACACAGAGGAUGUUCCAUCAGCCCCUUCUACUCCUGUAACCCCAGGGACACCUGGAGCUCCUCUCUUUGGUGGGUUCAGGUCAGAAAGAAGUGGUAAUGGCAGAAAAUCCUCCCUCCUUAAUAGCUGCAAGUGCUUCAGUGUAGAAGAAUGGGCACUGGAAGAAGGCAACUUGGGUCCAAUGGCUUGUUCAUUACCUCCUCCACCAGUCUCUCUUGCAAGAAAGGUAGGAGCAGAGUUCAUAGGCACCCUUAUACUCAUCUUUGCGGGGACAGCUACUGGGAUUGUAAACCAAAAAACAAAAGGCUCGGAAACGCUUAUCGGCCUUGCUGCCUCUACUGGCCUCGCUGUAAUGAUAGUUAUACUAUCAACUGGUCAUAUCUCAGGAGCCCAUCUCAACCCAGCAGUCACCAUUGCCUUUGCAGCUCUCAAACACUUCCCAUGGAAACAGGUACCUGUGUACAUUGGAGCACAGGUGAUGGCUUCAAUCUGCGCUGCAUUUGCACUGAAGGGGAUCUUCCAUCCUUUCAUGAGUGGUGGAGUUACCGUUCCCUCAGGUAGUUAUGGUCAGGCCUUUGCUUUGGAGUUCAUCAUCUCCUUCAAUCUGAUGUUCGUUGUCACUGCAGUAGCCACCGACACAAGAGCUGUUGGGGAGCUCGCAGGAAUCGCGGUUGGAGCCACUGUCACGCUCAACAUACUCAUCGCAGGGGAGAGCAGUGGAGCAUCCAUGAAUCCUGUGAGAACUCUGGGUCCAGCCAUAGCUGCUAACAACUACAAGGCCAUCUGGGUCUACCUCACUGCCCCUAUCCUUGGUGCACUCAGUGGAGCUGGAGUUUAUUCUGUCGUUAAACUCCCAGAAGCACACGAUGCAGAGAAGCCGUCGGCAGUUCGUAGCCUGAGAAAGUGAUAGAACUUCCCCACCAGAAAUAAAGUAAUUCAGCUUUCUAGG